GUUACAGUUACAGAAGACCCAGUAUUUACAGUUGGGACAAAACCGUGGGCAGUACUAUGGCGGAUCAUUGCCAAAUGUCAAUCAGAUUGGAAAUGGCACCAUUGACAUGCCUUUUCAGGUAUGUGUUUGUAGGACUCUGAUUGAAAUAUUUGUGGUCUUACCCUAAACUGAACACGUUUACUCUUUUGUUGACAUAUAUUUGGCUACCAUUCAUCUAUGAAGCUUGAGACUGGUUUGUUUUGUUGGUGUCUGCAGACUCCCUUUCAAGGUUCAGGUGACACCAGCAGGACAACACGGCAUCAUGGAUUGGUUGACAGAGUUUACCGGGACAGAAACCGCAUCACGUCCCCACAUGGAAGGCCCCUCGACAAACAUGGACGCCAAAUAUCCUUUACUGUCGAUUUAUGCUACUGUGUUUUUAUUACACUUUAUUUUACAGUCUGCUAUGCAACGGAAAUUAAAUUAUGAAUUACAUGGUAAUAUAGUAAUUACAUUGUAAUAAUAUAGUAAUUAUAUGGUAAUUACCAAUAACUAUUGUAUUUUAUUUAUUGAAGCAAGCGCCACUAUGUAACAGCUUUAACCAAUGUACUUCAAUAGCAUAUACUGUACUACAUGGUGUCAUGGUGUUUUACAUCCAUGACUUCAGUUGUGAGAUGCUACAUAUUUGUAUUGCCCUUAACCAGGGGUCUCACAUUGAUAGCUGUCCAUAUGGCUCGGUGUAUCUGUCACCCCCACCCGACACCAGUUGGAGGAGGUAAAAUAAUCCAACUAUGUUGUGGCAUGUGAUACUGUUUGGAUUUCGUUGUGAAACGUCCCUUGACUUUUCACAACUGAUACAUUUAGUCACCCCUAAGUGGUGUAUGUCUCUUUCCCUGUGCUAUAGAACAAACUCGGACUCUGCGUUGCAUCAGAGCACUUUGAACCCACAGGACAUUUUUGCAGGAGGCUCACAGGACUUGCAGCUUAAACGAGGUGCGUCGGAUUUGAACUGGAUGUACUUUAUACGGUACUAGUCAAAUGUUUGGACACACCUACUCAUUCCAGGGUUUUUCUUUAUUUGUACUAUUUUCUACAUUGUAGAAUAAUAGUGAAGACAUCAAAACUAUGAAAUAACACAUAUGGAAUCAUGUAGUAACCAAAAAAGUGUUAAACAAAUCAAAAUAUAUUUUAUAUUUGAGAUUCUUCAAAUAGCCACCCUUUGCCUUGAUGACAGCUUUGAACACUCUUGGCAUUCUCUCAACCAGCUUCAUGAGGUAGUCACCUGGAAUGCAUUUCAAUUAACAGGUGUGCCUUCUUAAAAGUUAAUUUGUGGAAUUUCUUUCCUUCCUAAUGCGUUUGAGCCAAUCAGUUGUGUUGUGACAAGGUAGGGGGGUUAUACAGAAGAUAGCACUAUUUGGUAAAAGACCAAGUCCAUAUUAUGGCAAGAACAGCUCAAAUAAUAAGCAAAGAGAAACGACAGUCCAUCAUUACUUUAAGACAUGAAGGUCAGUAAAUCCGGAAAAUUUCAAGAACUUUGAAAGUUUCUUGAAGUGCAGUCGCAAAAAUCAUCAAGCGCAAUGAUGAAUCUGGCUCUCAUGAGGACCGCCACAGGAAAGGAAGACCCAGAGUUACCUCUGCUGCAGAGGAUAAGUUCAUUAGAGUUACCAGCCUCAGAUAUUUCAGCCCAAAUAAAUGCUUCACAGAGUUCAGGUAACAGACACCAACAUCAACUGUUCAGAGGAGACUGCAUGAAUCAGGCCUUCAUUGCUGCAAAGAAACCACUACUAAAGGACACUAAUAAGAAGAAGAGACUUGCUUGGGCCAAGAAACACGAGCAAUGGACAUUAGACCGGUGGAAAUGUGUCCUUUGGUCUGGAGUCCAAAUUGGAGAUUUUUGGUUCCAACCGCCGUGUCUUUGUGAGACGCGGUGUGGGUGAACGGAUGAUCUCUGCAGUAGCCAUGUGGUAGCCAUGCUUUACGGUGUUUUCCACCGUAAAGCAUGGAGGAGGAGGUGUUAUGGUGUGGGGGUGCUUUGCUGGUGACACUGUCUGUGAUUUAUUUAGAAUUCAAGGCACACUUAAUCAGCAUGGCUACCACAGCAUUCUGCAGCGAUACGCCAUCCCAUUUGGUUUGGGCUUAGUGGGACUAUCAUGUGUUUUUCAACAGGACAAUGACCCAACACACCUCCAGGCUGUGUAAGGGCUAUUUUACCAAGAAGGAGAGUGAUGCAGUGCUGCAUCAGAUGACCUGGCCUCCACAAUCCCCCGACCUCAACCCAACUGAGAUGGUUUUGGAUGAGUCAUACCGCAGAGUGAAGGAAAAGCAGCCAACAAGUGCUCAGCAUAUGUGGGAACUCCUUCAAGACUGUUGGAAAAGCAUUCCAGGUGAAGCUGGUUGAGAGAAUGCCAAGAGUGUGCAAAGCUGUCAUCAAGGCAAAGGGUGGCUAUUUGAAGAAUCUCAAAUAUAAAAUAUAUUUUGAUUUGUUUAACACUUUUUUGGCUACUACAUGAUUCCAUAUGUGUUAUUUCAUAGUUUUGAUGUCUUCACUAUUAUUCUACAAUGUAAAAAUAAAGAAAAACCCUUGAAUGAGUAGGUGUGUCCAAACUUUUGACUGGUAGUGUACAUAAGAGCUUUAUAUAAUGAACAAAAAUAUAAAACGCAACAUGCAACAAUUUCAAAGAUUUUACUGAGUUACAGUUCAUGUAAGGGAAUCAGUAAAUUAAAAUAAAUUCAUUAGGCCCUAAUCUCUGGAUUUCACAUGACUAGGAAUACAGAUAUGCAUCUGUUGGUCACAGAUACCUUUAAAAAAAAGGUAGGGGCAUGGAUCAGAAAACCAGUCAGUAUCUUGUGUGACCACCAUUUGCCUCAUGCAGUGCGACACAUCUCCUUCUUAUAGAAUUGAUCAGGCUGUUGAUUGUGGCCUGUGGAAUGUUGUCCCACUCCUCUUCAAUGGCUGUGUGAAGUUGCUGGAUAUUGGUGGGAACUGGAACACGCUGUCGUACAUGUCGAUCCAGAGCAUCCCAAACAUGCUCAAUCGGUGAGUAUGCAGGCCAUGGAAGAACUGGGACAUUUUCAGCUUCCAGGAAUUGUGUACAGAUCCUUGCGACAUGGGGCCGUGCAUUAUCACGCUGAAACAUGAGGUGAUGGCAGUGGAUGAAUGGCACGACAAUGGGCCUCAGGAUCUUGUCACGGUAUCUCUGUGCAUUCAAAUUGCCAUCGAUAAAAUGCAAUUGUGUUUGUUGUCCAUAGCUUAUGCCUGUCCAUACCAUAACCCCACCGCCACCAUGUGGAAUUUUGUUCAUAAUGUUGACAUCAGCAAACCACUCGCCCACACAACGCCAUACAUGAGGUCUGCGGAUUUGAGGCCUGUUGGACGUACUGACAAAUUCUCUACAAGGACAUUGGAGGUGGCUUAUGGUAAAGAAAUGAACAUUAAAUUCUCAGGCAACAGCUCCGGUGGACAUUCCUGCAGUCAGCAUGCCAAUUACACACUCCCUCAAAACUUGAGACAUCUGUGGCAUUGUGUGACAAAACUGCACAUUUUAGAGUGGCCUUUUAUUGUCUUCAGCACAAGGUGCACCUGUGUAAUUAUUAUGUUGUUUAAUCAGCUUCUUGAUAUGCCACACCUGUCAGGUGGAUGGAUUAUCUUGGCAAAGGAGAAAUGCUCACUAACAGGGAUGUAAAAAAAUGUGUGCACCAAUUUUGAGAGAAAUAAGCUUUUUUUUGCGAAUAUGGAACAUUUCUGGAAUCUUUUAUUUCAGCUCAUGAAAGAUGGAACCAACACUUUACAUUAGACUUCAUUUUUUUCUGGUCAGGUGGUUAACAAAAACUCUUGGCCCUACAAUAACCCAAUGCUCUGUUUCCAGUUUGUAGGUUUAAUAAUGAUUUUUCUGUUCAGCGCAAAUUAAUUAACCCUGUUAUUAUGAGGGAGGUGAUAUAUGAUGUAUUGAUGAUUAAAUAUUUAGUAAUGGCUUUGCCGGCUACCCUUUAUUGUACUAUUGAAAACUCUCUGGUGUACAUGAUAAAAUGCUUCAGACCUUGUCUUUGAAGGCUGUAGACAUUACUCAUAGGACGAAUAUUAAUAUCCAAGUGAUUCUCAAUGUGACAUUAUACUAAUGGCUGUCUGAAGCGUAUUCCUUUAUUGAGAAACUCGUUUGAAAAAUGAUAUCAAAUUCAGUCGUAUUGAUUUCAUUUCCUUUCACUGUUAUGGCAAGAUGAAAAUAGGGGUAUUUCAAUAUGUAUUUUUUUGCUUUUUUAAAUUCUAGAUAAGUGACAAUUAGAUAAAUCGAACUCCCUCUCUUUCUCUCUCUGUCUCUUUCUCUCUCUCUGACUCGCUCUCUGUCUGUGUCUGUCUGUCAUUCUGUCUCUCUACCUCUGUCUGUCUGUCUCUCUCUCGCUCUCUGUCUGUGUGUCUCUCUCUCUCUCUCUCUCUUUCUUCCUUCCUUUCUUUUCCUCUCCAGUGCUUCUGCUUCAUGUACCAGGGCCAGAAGACACAGAAUCAGAUAUGGACAAAGACAAACAAAAACAGAACUGGGAUGGCAAAAAGGUGAAGUGCACUCCGAUCUGGUGAUAUAUCUUAACGUCAUUGUUAUACAGCUCUGAGUUCUAUUGGAUUCUUACUGAGUUGUCAUUUUUCUGUUUCCCUCAGAGUGUUUCAUCAAGGUCCAAGGUCCCAGGAAUCAAGUGAGUACUUCCACAAACUAACUCUAACCAUCCUGACUUCAGUAUAGCUUUGUGAAUGGCUGAUUAUGACCGCCCACGACAGUUGGCAUUUAGUGAUGAUUUGAUGUUUUUCCAACUGAAGACGUGAUGUUUUGGGACAUCAUUGACAUACUUUAAGAAGUGUUGUAGAGCCAGCGAGAUCUGGCUGUCUACGGUGUUAUUAUAUUGGUAUUUUGAGAAUGUGAACAGGGUCUUGCAGUGAUCUCAGCAGAUAUCUUAGUACUGAGCUUAUUUGGAGAGAAAACAAUUGGAGGCAAUUUCCCUUCCUUUCCUUUGGGGUCAUGUUGAAAACAUGAAGAGAAGUGUAUCUCUGGAAAGCAUUUGCUGGUAAAGCUGUAUGCUCAACUUCCUGUCUGGCUCAAAGGACGAUGUGGAAACCCAUAGUGGAAAUAUUGCUGAAGUCGGGGAGGGGGGUAUUCUCAUUUAUUUUCUUAUGCUAUUUUACAUACACUGCCUGUGAAAUCUGCUGACUGUGCAUAUACUACCUCAACUGUCAUUAUGGAAAUACCAAUCAUCUCUUUUUCGGUUUACAGCAUAUUCCCAUCUCCGGAUCAGGAGCUGACCGCGUCGCUGAUGCCGUCAGCCCAAAACACGGGCGGGGGCUCCCUGCCUGAUCUGACCAACAUCCAGUUCCCCCCUCCGCUACCCACCCCCCUGGACCCCGAGGACUCCACCCUCAGCGCCUCCAACAGCACGGGCAACCUGGCCACCAGCCACUUACACAGCUUCAGCUCCACCAGCCAAGGUGACCUCUCAGUCCUCCACCUUCCAGAACCAUAGAUGUAUAGAGUUUGGAAACACAGUUUGAAAUUCUGAAUGUUCAUGUUGCCACCAGGAGUUGGGAGAUGAUAAUACCACAUGAUGCCAACAUGGCAGACAGUUUGCCGAAAUGUAUCUUAUAUAUGUCUCUCUGUCUCUAGCUUUCUAUGACAGUUGGGAUUCUGAAAGAGAUGUUUGCUGUUUUGUAUCCCAUCAGGACAGACCACCGCCCAGCAGGGCAGGCAGGACAACAUGGUCAACCAGGACUCCCACCAGCACCAGUCCCUACAGCUCUUCCCCCACCCUGUCACCACCCCUCACCCUCGCCCAGGUAGUACGUACCGUACACUUCCCUGCUAGCACUGUGAUUGUUACAGUUCUGAAUAGCUUUUCUAGUGUAUUUACAAUGAUUGUACUCUGUAGUUGUCCCCCCCUCUAUUUGAUUGUACUUAAAGUAAGUUGCUCUGGAUAACUGGAGCACCUGUCAAAUGAUUUGAAGGUAAUAUACCAGGAGCCUCCAGCGAAUCUUAACAUCCAACAGAAAUUGGGGAUUGUACUAAGUUUUGCCGUCACUCUUCUUUCUAUCACAUUUCUGUGGACAUCAUUUUAGUUUUUCCCACUGACUAAUUUCGAACUCCUAUGUCCAUCUGUCUCAGGCGGAGACCAUAGACGCCAUGACACUGGAGGCGCAGUUGUCCCAGUACGCGUUCUUCAGCCAGCCCUCUUCUCAACAACAGCAGCAGCAGACCACUCAAGGACUGACAAGGCUGGUCCAGCUCCCCUCCCCUCUGAACACCUCGUCCAGCCAGACACAGAACUCCAUGGAUAUGAACUCGGUAAGCUUACCUUCUCAAACCCUUCCCUCUUCAAAACAUUCCUUAUCCUACACUAUGUCCGUAGGAAAAGAUAGUGCUCAAACCGACUUAGUGUUCCUACACUAUUUAACACAAUGUAGUUUUUCCUGUUCGGCUAUCUUUGGUUUGAUCUUGAAGUCAAAGGAACUAUUCUUCUUAAAGCAGGAUGUGUAGUUUUUUUGUUUUUGUUUUUGCUGCAGGACCAUAAAUCUGUGGGAACAGAUGUACGGGAGACAGAGGUGCUCAAAAAUGCCAUGGAGGGAAAAGAUUGA